AUGCAAAACCCUGCACUACAAACAAAGUUAUUGUCAUUUGAGAAAGUGAAGAAAGCUUGUCAGGUGCAUGUCACCAAGCCUCUCAACAAAGAGAACAAGACUGCUGAAGAAUUAUUUGUUACUAGGAAUGAGAAACUCCAUCGGGAAGCCAAGGAAUGGCUAAUGCGCAGCACUGAGAAUUGCACCCUUCUUUCUGUUUUCAUAGCCACAGUUGCCUUUGCAGCAGCCUACACCGUACCAGGAGGUCCUGAUCAAAAUACCGGUAUUCCAAUCCUUAACUGCAAACCCUUCUUUGUGGUUUUCAUUAUAGCUGAUGUGAUCUCCCUCACUUUGGCUUUGACAUCUGUGGGUAUAUUUCUCGCCAUCCUUCAAUCCUCAUUCCUAUUAGAAGACUUCAAGAAAUAUCUUUUUGAGAAGUUGAUACAGGGAAUUAUAUGUUUGAUGCUCUCGGUCUUAAUGAUGGCGGUGGCGUUUGGAGCAACAAUCAUCCUGAUAAUGAAACAUAAUUGGAAAAAGGCUGUUUGGCAUGUUGUUGCAUUCCUUCCCGUACCCAUUUUUUUCCUCUCAUAUUCACCUCUACGUUCAAUAGUCCUGCUAAUUCACAUCAAAAAAUUGUUGAAAGAAGUUUUAAAAUCCAUCAAAGGUGUUGCUCUUGUGGCUCUAAUAAUCCUUCUUGGCCUCAUUAUUCGUCUCUGUAGAGCUUGCAUGGAACUGUUCAAUACUGUAGCAAAGGCUUGUGAGUUUAUUAUAUGUAAACCUGUUCGUUGGAUAUGUUGUCAGCAAACUGCAGCUCUAUGUGCUGAAGUUUGAAAGGACAAACAGAAACUCUUUUCAGAGCACGUGCAUGGAUGAAUUGUCUUCUCCUUUCCUAUAUAUUUUCAAGUAGUAACAGAGCAUGUCUGUGUAAAGUUAAUUAGCAUAUUGAGAACGUAGUAUCAGUUGAUGACUCAUUAUGAUGCAUGUGUGCUUUAAAUUUUAAUUUUAGAGACUGUUAUUAUGUAUUUAACUUCAUAAUUUUAUUAUUUGUUUUUAGUAUUGCUUUCCUUUAUCAA